AUGGGCCGCUGGAGGCCUGCUGCUCCCCAGACGUGCCUGCCGCCGCCGCAGCAGCAGGCGCAGCAGCAGCAGCAGCAGGAGGAGCAGCAGCAGCAGCACGAAGAUGGAUGCGAGGACUCUGGAUCUUGCUCGGCUCGACGCAGCAGCAGCAACAGCAGCUGCAGCGUGUUGUCUCCUAAGGGUUCAUACUCUUCUUUGACUUGCAGCAGCAGCAGGGGCCCCCUAGCAGUUUGCUGCUCUCCAUCCAAUAGCAGCUCUUUACUGCAGCAGCACCUGCUACAAGAUGCAGACGGGCCUGCUGCUGCCAGCGACAGAAGCCGCUGCAGCAGCAGCUGCAGCAGCAGCAGCAGGAGGAGCAGCAGCAGCAGGAGGAGCAGCAGCAACAGAGGGCGAAGAAGAGCAGCAGCAGCAGCAGCUUUUCGAGUGGCUUGCAGGCAGCGCCGCAAGAAGAGAAGGCCCCGGGGGCCCCCUGUAGUUUCUAAGGACCCCAACGACUUCUUUUAUGCAGCAAAGUUUCCGCUGCAGCACGAAACAGCAGCAGCAGCAGCAGCAACAGCAGCAGCAAGAGGAGGAGGCGCUAACAGGGACGUGCUUGAUGCUGCAGGAGAUAGCCAGCCGCAGCAGCAGCAACAAAUGCCAGAUCUUCACCAGCAGCAGCAGCAGCAGCAGCAGCAGGAUGAGCUGGGCUUGAAGGCGCAGCAGCAGAGUGCUGCUGCUGGCCUUGCUGCUGCUGAGGAGACUGCAACACGCCUCAGCAGCAGCACCAACACGACGGCACCGUCUCUAGCUGAGGCUUUAGACGCAGCGCCCACAGCAGCAGCAGGAGCAGCAACAGCAACAGCAGCGGCAUCAGCAGCACCUCCUGGGGGCCCCCAAGAGGCCUCUCAGCAGCCAGAAAGCGCAGCAGCAGCAGCAGCAGCAGCAGGGCCUUGGACAUUUCAUCUCGACUCAGGAGACAGCAGCAGCGAUCAGCGGGAGAAGCCGUGCAGACCUCCGCGCCGUAGCGGCGCUGAGGCGGAGGCUGAAGAUGAUAGGCAAGAAGAGGCGGUGGAAGCCUGCGAUAAGAUUCGAAGCCGCUCGCGAGCAUCUGGAAGCAGCAAACAGCAGCAGCCAUCGAAGUGCAACGCAGCAGCAGCAGCAGCAGCAGCAGCAGCAACAGCAACAGCAACAGCAGAAACAGAAGCAAUGGCAGAAGCAGAAAGAGAAGCAACGGCAGCAACAGCAACAGAAGCAACAACAGCAACAGCAAAAGAUAAGGCCAAGCAGCAAGACCCAUCUCUUGCGCCUUCAAGCAGAGACACAUCAACCCCCUCGGGGCUGCCAGCAGGAGCAGCUGCAACAGCAGCGACAGCAGCAGCAGCGUCAACAGCAGAAACUCCAUCCGCAGAAGCAGCCUCGGCAGCAGCCCCAGCAGCAGCCUCAGCAGCAGCAGCAGGAACAACAGCAGCAACUGCAACAGCUGCAUGCGCCCCAGCAGCAUUCAAAAGAGAAAGCCGAAAUCGGCUGUAUGGAUACCGCACGGUGAGCACCUGCGUCAGUCGAGCAGCAGCAGCAGCAGCAGCAGCAGCAGCAACAGCAGCAGCAGCAGCAGCAGCGCCUCAACCUUCAAGCAGCUGCUCUCCUGCGAAGGAGUGCCGUACCCAAACCCAGGGGCUAGUGAGGGCCUCGGGGGCCCGUCAGAGGCGAAGCACUGCUGCUAGGUGCAGCAGCAGCAGCAGACGCAAAACAGUCGAUGCAGGCAGCAACAACCGGGACAGCAGCAGCAGCAGCAGCAGCAGCGGCAGCAGCGACAGCAGCACAAUAAAGAAGGGGACAGGCAGAAGGCUUGCUCGCAAAGCCUUCACCGCCCCCCAAAGGAAGGCGGACCCCACAGACACAUCGUCUGCAGCUGCUGCUGCUAGCGCGCCUGCUGCCUCACUUCCUGCUGCAUCUGCUGCAGCAGCUGCUGCACCUGCUUCCAAUGCGGAGUCUGCUGCUGCUGAGGCCUGCGGGACGAUGCAUCAGAGCGACGCAGCAGAUUCCAUGGCCGAGCAGCAGCAGCAGCAGCAAGAACCGCAGCAGCAGCAGCAGAAGCAGGCGGAACAAACCCGGCGGCCUUCGAUUGUCCCUCAGCUGGACUUAAGCAAACUGCAGCGCGACGAAGAAGACGAAGGGGAGCAGCAGCAGCUUCUGCAGCAGCAGCAGCAGCAGCACACGCCAUCUAGCACGGCGCAGCAUUGCGAUGAAGCCAGCCUCGGGAGCAGCAGCGCAACACAGCACCAGCAACAGCAGCAGCAGCAGCAGCAGCGUGGGGGCAUCAGCAGCAGCAACGGAGAAGACAGCGCCGAGCGCCUCUUUGAGGGGAGGAGACCUGCUGUGCCUCUGACUUCACGUGUUGUUCGUUGCACUCAAACCCUCUUCACUGCUAGAGUUUGUACAGCACUCAGGCUCUCGCUGCAGCAGCAGCAGCAGCAGCAGCAGCAGGUGCAGGGGCGGCGGCAGCAGCAGGAGCUGCUGCAGC